AUGGGACAUCAAGUACUGAGCCAAAUCAUUUCGGAAUUGGAGAAAGCGAAGUACUACUCGAUAAGCGUCGACUCUACCCCUGACAUCAGCCACAUCGAUCAGCUCACUUUCGUGGUGCGGUACAUGAUGGACUGCUCCCCAAUAGAACGAUUCUUGGAUUUCAUUCCGAUUGAACGGCAUGGAGUAGAGUAUGUGUCCGCUUCAGCUGUAUUUUUUCUUGAAGAAAACGGUAUAGAUUUACAGGACUGUCGUGGGCAGACGUACGAUAACGCUCCAAACAUGGCAGGGCAGUAUAAUGGAUUACAAGCAAAGCUUAAGGAACACUGCACCUGCGCCCUGUUCGUCCCAUUUCUGGCACACAGCCUGAACCUCGUCGUUGGGCAGGCCGCUGGGUGUGUCAUCGAGGCGACAAGCUACUUUAAGUUGCUGCAAAAGUUGUACAGUUUCUUCGCCAGUUCUACACAUCGCUAG